CGAAAUUACCAUAGCACCCCAUACUCGCAGAUUCUAGCUAUCACAAUCCUUCUACUUCUUAUACCUACAAAUUCCGAUAUUUGAACUUCCUUGGCGUCCGAUAUCAUAUCAGGCAGAGUACCCAGAUAUUUCCCGCAUACUAUGAUAAUACAUUCACAUCAAUGGAUUUCAAAACCACCAGCACCCCACCUGGGGUUCUUGAGAGCCUCUUCAACCAUAUAGCUUUACCUGUGAAGUUACCACAAGAAUCUGACUCUAGCAUCGACGAAAUUGAGCGUGCAUUGGUAGAUCGCUUAACCGUUGCUGCUAACCUAAUGAGAGACGCCCAAGAUCCUGCCUAUUGGCGAAUCUGGGACUCGCUCAGGCGCUCGCUUCAAAUUUGCAAAGCUCUCAAUAUUGGCGGGAAGCUAGAAAGAAGCCAACUGAGUAUACAUCUGAAACAGCUUCGCGAUUCCGAUGUAAUCAUUCUUCAUGUGGCAGCCCAGAAUGCAGGCAUUAUCAUUCACAAGCCUAUUGAUCCAAAAUUGAGAGGAAAUAUUCUAUUUGAAACAUUCGAGGCAUCACCCAAGCGUGAAUCCGUCCUGGCGUCCCAAACUCUUUCGUGGACGUUCCCCGGAACUGCCGUAUUGGUACCUUCUUCGACAUUCUACGACGAUGCUUUUAUCGACAGUCUUUCGGUAUUCCUAGAGCAAGCUUCCGUCGAAUCUACCCAGAAAUUCUCCGAGUAUGCGACGAAAUCGGGGCACCAGGUCACCGAAAAUAGGGAAAAUGCAGAUCCAGCCUUAAUCACGUCUUUUCUCACCGCGGUCCUAGAGGCGAAUGGCAAACGCAUUUCACCCACACUCCUUCAGAAAAGGGUGAGAGAUGAUAUUUGCUGGUCCAGCAAUGCACCUUGGCGAAGGUUGCCAUAUUGGCUUGUUCUUCGAGUCGGUAUAGCCCGCUAUCUGGCAACCAUUCUUGGUGGACCACACGGCCGAAUCCAGUAUAAGUUCUGGAUGUGCAUCAUCCAUGGUAUAAUACUCGAUGAUAUCGAAGACAUUGUUCCAUUGGAGGAUCAAUCUUUCCUCAAGGCAAAACUAUGUCGUCGCCUCUACAAGCUCGACCGAGACUGCUUAGAGCAACCGCAAAUCAUUCAGGAGGUUUACGGUAAAUUGAACCGCGUGUUUACCCCUCUAUUCAAAAAGACUCUAGAGGCUGUUGAUUUUAGAAUCAAUGAAGUCUGGACUCAACAAAAGAAAGGAAUGAUUAGGCCUAUUCCACCAUUGCCUCGUCAAGCGAAUCCAAAGGAGUUGUGCCUAAGUCUUUUUUCGAGUCGUGAAUAUCUAAACAAUGCUCGUAAGAGGUUUCAAAAUACGAUACCAUAUAGGACAGCCCAACCUCUUACAACUCCCCAUCAACCCAAAGUUCAUAUCCAAGCUACCAGUAAUAAACUUCUUAAGCUUUUUGAAAAGGAAAAACAGAUCCGAUACACAGUUUCCGAUUUAUCCCUAGGUUCAAUAAGCUUAUCAGCACGGGUUCAGCAACUGCAUGGAGUCAUUCACGAUUACAUCGGCCAAAUCAAUGGCCAGUACGAUGAUAAUGUGGAGCAGAAGUCGAUCAUGCUCCUUACCUUGAUGGAGACAUGGACGGCUCUUGACGAUGCCGCGUGCAAAAUGUUUCCUCUCUUAUAUGAAUUUCACCCCGUCUUUACCGCUCGUUUAUUGGAAAUUCUCCGCCUCCCCUUACUAUCCGACAUCUCGCGUGCGCGUAAAGUUGAGUCAUAUAUCCGAGGCCGUAUAUCUCGAUCGGGAGACUGUCGGGCCACAUUAUUUGACGACCCAUGCAAAGGCUGUUUCGCGGAGAGGUACUUCGACGGAUCUUCAGGUUCUAGCCCACUCGCAAAUAUACUUGCCGAGAUACAGUCCACUUCCGCGCAGCAACUAAAGGAGAAAGAACAAGAAUGGCGUGAAAUGAGUGCCGAAUACGAGAUGCUGACUAGAGAGUAUGAUUCUGCGACAUGCGUCUACGUUCAGUCGAUGGAUGGGUUGUACCCGACACACGAUCAGUACACCUGUCCAAAGUGUCAGUUAGAUAAACGGAGAUCCCGUAUGACAAUAAGAGCAUUUGAGUCGCCGCUUCCUGAGAACACAGUAAUGGCAAAGGCGAUAGUGUUCGAACUCAGAUGCCCUGAGGCGCUUGCUUCCUAUCGCGAUGCGACGUGGGCGAUCUUACAUGGCGUUGCGAAACCAUCGCAGGAAGUGGGGAUUAAACCCAGGAUAUGCUUACAAGACUAUUCGGGGUUAAAGAUGUACGCCAGAGUUCCUGGCAGUAUAUCUCUUGCAUCUACGACGAAAUCAUUCUUAAUGACCCACUAUAGGGGGAAGAAAUUCCCCGUUGAUCUCGAUCAAGUGUGUUAUCCGAACGGCCUCAAGUUAUCGUAUUUCGACCAGGCCUUUAAAUCCUGGCCCGGCCAUAGACCAGCACGCCCCACCUUUGAGCAUCACUGCAAGUUAUCGCUUCCGAAGAGUUCUCCAUUCUCAAAUCUCCUCGAGUCUCAGAGCUUUAAUGCUUAUGGCGAUGGUCCAUCCUCAUACGAGAUCGCCGCAUCUCAUUCACACUGUCCAUCCAGUCUUAACCCACACGAAUAUACAGCCUUUCAAUACCUCUUGUCUGGCAAACGUCGGCGGUGGAUCACUAUCUUGAGAGAGCUGGGAUCAUCAAAUCUCAACCUAUCUACAGAAACGACAACCAUGUUGCUUGAUCAUCUAGCACAUCAGAUCGGUCCAUCAGACGAGCACCACGAGCUACUUGGAGCUAUCCAUUAUGUUUUCGAAGACAUUUCUUUUUGUGAAGCCUUGCUACACCAGCUCAAGACAAAGCUAGAGGCCAUUGCCUCUAAUUGGCGCGAGACCCAUCUAAUGGAGAUCGUCGUCAUUUUGACUCUUAGAUUGAUUGCAUUUACGGCACCGAGUACAAAUCACUUGACAAUAAAGUCGUUAGAUCUGCUUUCUGAAGCUAGACAGAUCACCUUACAGUGGGUAAGGAUGUUACGAAAAGAGAUGUAUUCCACGGGCGAUUUGGAUAAUAAGAGGAAUUGCCAGUCAUAUCUUCUAUGGGCUGCUCUUCUCUGUAAAAGAACAUAUGCUUCGCACCAGAUUGAAAUCAACCAAUAUCUCAAGGAGGAGGAUAUCUCUAUAUUUAUCGAAUGUAGUGCAACGGUCUACGACAAUAUCCCGGAUAAUAUCGCCUCCCUCGGACAAAUCAUGAAGAAUUCUUUCAUCAGAGAUCUAAGGAUGAUGUAUGAUUUAAAGGAUAAAAUACGGCAGUGGAUUGAGAGGCACUCGGGGGGUCCUCUUCAUGCUGCGCUUCGGAACCUGUGGCCGGCUGCCGCAUCAAAAUCGCUCUUUGCUAUUACCUUUGAAAAUGACGGGUGGAUUCAAAUUAGUUUGAAUGAUGUAAUCGAAGGGUUAGGGAGCGCAAGCUACAAUUAUAUAUUUGGUAUCUUGUUAGUGGAUGGGGAACCACUCGGUAAACUCCCUACGGAUCCAAAAAGCACGAUAAUCCUCGAGGAACUCUUUGGGAGCCAGACAAGUCUUAUGAAAUACCCCUCAACAAGUCCCGGAAUGACUCAUGUUUUGGCUUUUGAGAGGGAAGGUUAUGAGACACAUAUUGGGUAUGACGGCGCCGAGACUAUAAUUCGAGCCAUUAAAGAGAACCGGGUCUUAGAACUGAUCCCAAGAGAGAAGUUCCGCAACGGAAAUCAGUUUGACCUCCCGGCACACCUUAUUGAUAACUGUAUUCAUUGGCUCGACCCUGUUACCGGGAUCCUCGAGAUUCGGUCAAAAACCAAGAAUAUUUGGAAGUCCCACCCACACAACUGGAGACUAGAUGUUACAACAUCGACAUGUUCACGAUUUACGCCCGGUGCGAAGGGUAAAGAGACGCUGGUGGACCCCUAUAGUCCACUAUUCAACCGCGUGUCAAGAAUAUUUGCUUAUUUCGAACAUCCGAUGCAUUUGACAAUCUACCAGCCGGGCGGCAAGUUUUCACCCACCGUCGAGAUGCCUCGAAUGCAGCUUAGGUGGUUUGUCAACAGAAACAAGUUACUACAAUCUUCGCAUCUCCAAGCCGAGAUUGACCCUUCCCAAUGUAUUGACACUUGGUAUGGGUUUGACAGUAAAUUGGUUUGUCGCAGUUUGAAAAAUCCCCAAGAUCGCUUUGUUCUUGCGCCGUUGGGUUUACUCAGAGCAAGAAAGCGAGGUUGCCACGUUCAGGUGAUCGUGCAGAUCCCACACCCUCAAACACCAUCUGCAAACUAUAUACGGUUUAUGGUCAAUACAACUCUCGGUCGCAUUGAUUGCGCCUCGGAGCCUGCACUUGUAUAUAAAAAAGCCGAGAUACACGCACUCACCUCCUUCAUUCUACCGGACCCCUUAACGGGCUUGACUGGAAUUGAAAGCUCUCUAUCCAUUUUGACUUCGGGUAUAUCCCAACCAUGGGCACCACUAACAGUCCUCCCAACAAACAUACUAUGCGCUCUUUCAAGACUCUCUCCGAAGCGGGAAUACUAUCCUGAAGACCUCAAGGUCAUGAAGAAGGAGAUCUGGAAUCACGACUUACCCACCUUGGUCCAACGAGAAGAAUUCCAUAUCUUAGCCGACAAGAUCAUCUCUCAAUCUGAUAGAUUAGAUGCCUUUCAUCCCCAAAAGAUGGAGACAGAAAAGCUAUCAUCAUCCAGUGAUACUCAUCUAGACUUGCGCGCUCUACGCCGACGCCAGCAUUAUGAGAGAUGCAGUUAUGGACUAUCCCUUGACACUCCGGAUGAUACUGUGUACGAAUCAAGACACGAUCCCCGCGCCAGUAGUUCGCGAUAUUCCAACGUCUUGGAGACGGCCGUUUUAAUACGCAACAAACCAAGGUUCAUGUCUACUGUGAGAGAUCUUGCAGUGAAUCUCUCCCAAUCACUCGUAAUAAAAGGGUACAAUCAGGAUUUCGACAAGAUAACACUACAUGAUCGCCUCGAGGUUGAUAUACGUCGAGAAUUCGGCCCACUUGUCAACGCUGUAAAAGAUAUACAAGGCCGAUUUAAGCUCAUGUUCUUUCUGGGGGUAAUUUCGUUCCGAUCGAACGCCAAUAUGCACUUGAUUCGAACGCUGAUUGCAUUCGCUCACUGGGAUGAUCUUCAAUCUUUGUCCCUUCCUCCUUAUGAUGAGUACUGCAGCUUCCGGCCACACCAAGUCCCGCAAAUUGACGUUCUAGUCAAGCUUAUCGAGCCAUUCCAAGCACCACCUCCGGAAGAUCCUCCCCUGAUGGAAUUUGCCAGCGGUAGAAACCAACGAAAGGUCUACCAGGCCAAGGCUGCCCAUGCACAAAAAGCAAGCUCCGACUGUAAAAAGUUGGCACAAGCUCUAAUACACGAAUGGCCCACUCCCAAUCUAAACGCAAAGCAUACAGAAGAUUCCUAUCUAAUAGACGUCCCCGCCGCUCUGAACCAUGUGCGCCCCGAGUGGGAAAGAACAUACCGGAACCAUGAAUUCUAUAUACACCUUCAAGCAGUACAGGAAAUUCUGAACCAAAGACAUUCGGAUAUCGAGUUUCAAAGGCCAGACUUUGUUCCUUCUGAGUUAAUGUUUAAUAUCCAACAACCAGAUUACAGGCUACCCACCCUAAGUCAUGACAUGAUGGGAAUGCCUAUUCACAAAGUUAGGGCAAAUAUCACAAAACAACGCAUCAAUCCUGGGGGGGAUGCACCACAGCCCAGGCUACCUUUCCGCAAUAGUUCGACAGAAAAGGCUUCGUCGGAAUUAGCGCAGAUCAUCGACGGAUUCUCUCAAUCCAAAUCGGCUAUUAAAAAAAGGUACGCGGCAGACUUGAAAGAGAGUUUAGCUGCUUUUAGAAUCCACAGUUCUCAAGCCGCAGCUGUCUCAGCUUUGCCGUCAUCUAAUGACUAUACAGUCAAUCAACUGGAGGCAUUUGUAAAAUCAAUCCUAGCUGAGAUAGAAUCUGCAGUAGAGCAACCAAAUGUUGUAUACUCUGCUAGACAAAUACUUUGGCUGCAAUAUGGUCAACUAUGGCCUGCUAUCACUCGGAUUACCCUUCUCGAGCAACUUCGAGCGACCACUAAGCGUUCAUUCGGAACGGGGAUGAAGGGAAGACUACUGGAUUUCGCUUUAUCGAUUACAAGCUUGCAAAGACAGCUACGAAUGCAGUCAUACCAGAAUUCAAAUGAACACGCUCGUUACGAAGAAGAACGAAUAAAUACUGGUCAUAGUAAUUGGAGACCAGAAGACUAUCCAGACUGGAUUUUACUUGAAGUUGAAUCAAACUUGCUGAUUCGUGAAACUCAAGUUGAAGUCGCUCUAGCAAUAAUAGAUCCAGAGUCAAAGGCCAAUAGCGUCCUCCAGUUGAAUAUGGGACAAGGCAAGACAUCGUGUAUCAUUCCGAUGGCUGCGGUUUUACUUGCAGACGGCAAAAACCUUGUUCGGGUGUCUGUACCUAAAGCCCUACUGAAAACAACCGCUCAACUACUUCAUGGUCGCCUGGGGGGUCUAGUUGGUAGAGAGAUCAGCCAUGUGCCUUUUUCUCGGAGAACUUCGACGAAGGAAGGCCAUAUCAAGUUAUUUCACAGGCUGCAUCGUGAUAUUCAGAGAAAGCACGGGAUAAUGCUUUGCCUUCCAGAACAUCAAAUGUCGUUCAUGCUAUCUGGUCUUCAACGGGUGCUUGACCAAGAGAUUCCCGAAGCUAACAUGAUGGUUCGAGUCCAAGGGUGGAUUCAAUCAUGUGCCCGGGACAUUCUCGAUGAGAGCGACCAUACUCUCGCCGUCAAGACGCAGCUCAUAUAUCCUUCCGGGUCACAGAUGACUGUGGACGGGCAUCCGCAUCGAUGGGUAGUGGUUGAACAAAUUUUGGGCUUAAUGGAUAUGCACCUAUACGAGCUAGCCACCAGCUACCGAUAUUCAAUCGAGGUUGUGAGACGCCCACAUGGAGGGUUCCCUUUUGUCUUCUUCCUCCGACCAGAUGUUGAGGAGGAACUGGUUAUCCGCCUCAGGUAUGAUGUCUGUCGGGGUGCCAGAGGCAUAAUUCCAAUUGAUUCAAUUGAACCGGCAGAUCGCAUUGCGAUCAAGGAAUUUCUCUCCAGUGGCAAAGUUCGGCAAGCAAGUUUGGAUCGCAUCAGCAGAUUGUGUCCUGAUCGACCCCAUAUAAGACAGACCAUAUACUUGCUUCGUGGAUUGUUCGUUCAUCGGAUUCUUAUAAUGUCUCUUAAGAAACGAUACGGCGUUCAAUAUGGACUUCACCCUUUGCGAGAUCCGGUAGCAGUUCCUUUUCAUGCAAAAGGAGUUCCAAGUGACCAAUCUGAGUUUGGUCAUGUCGAUGUCGCUAUCUUAUUAACUGCCCUAGCCUUUUAUUACUGCGGUAUAAGUAUAUCGCAGACUCGUCAAGCUUUAGAAGCUGUCUUGAAGUCCGAUGAUCCUGCUUCCGAGUAUGAUAAAUGGACCGAAGACGAAGAUUUUCCAGAUUACUUAAGAGACUGGCAUUCAAUCAACGUUGAUGAUUCUCAGCAAAUGGGCCAAAUCUGGAACAGCGUGCGAUUCAAGGUGCCGGUGAUCGAUUAUUUUAUGAAUAACUUUGUCUUUCCACCCCACGCAAAACAGUUCAAAGUUCGGUUGCAGUCCAACGGCUGGGACAUACCUUUACCGUCUCAUACCCAGUCUAGCCAACCAAAUAAGAACAAGUCCCUGAAUCAGUCAAGGGGACUGACUACCGGCUUCUCUGGCACAAAUGACAUCAAGCCACUCUUGCCCUUAACUAUCAAGCAGGAUGAUUUGCCUGCGUUGUCUCAUACAAAUGCAGAGGUGCUCACAUACCUCCUACAGCCUCGAUCCAAAAGCUAUAGUGUGAUGGUCGACCAGAACCAAAAACGCAUUAGUGAAAUUUCAUUUCUACAUAUGUUGAGAAGGCGCGAUAUCCGAAUUCUCAUUGAUUCUGGAGCUCAAAUUCUCGAACAAUCAAACAAGGAGUUGGCCGAGAACUGGUUGAAGGUAGACGGUCGCGCAGUAGUGGCACUGUACUUCGAGGGCGAUAGUCCAUGGAUCCUCUCAAAGCAAGGAACUAAGACCCCACUGCUUGCUUCGCCUUACGCAGACAACUUAAAUGAAGUUCUAGUGUACCUUGAUGAGGCCCAUACGCGGGGAACUGAUCUCAAGUUUGGUCAAUACGCUCGCGCUGCCCUCACCCUAGGGUUAUCCCAGACAAAGGAUCAUACAGUGCAAGCUGCUAUGAGACUCCGCCAACUCGGUACGACGCAGUCAGUGGCAUUUUUCGCUCCGCCCGAGGUGAAUCAAAGCAUUCGAGAUUUAUGUGGUAAAGUGGAUUCGGAGUGGAUAAAUUCAUACGACGUGAUCCGCUGGCUCAUCAGCAAUACCUGUGAUGGGAUAGAGCAGCUGCAGCCUCUUUAUUAUUCUCAGGGUACAGAUUACUGCAACCGAAUGCAAGCAGCUGAGGAUUUCCCAAAUUUCCUAGUGGAUGACGAUCACAGAGCAGCCUUCAUUAAUGCUAUUAAACACAAGGAACGACAGACCCUGCAACAACUGUACGGGCCUCAGUCUAGAGCCAAGGUAGACGCAUCGGCAAAGACAAAUCCAAAAAUAGCAGGAUUUGCCAAAGAGCUCGAGUCUCGAAAGAAGAACUUCCAAGACACUGGCCAAGCAGUCCAUGCCUCAGCACUACAGGAAGUUGAACAGGAGCGAGAGAUGGAGAAUGAGGUUGAGGCUGUGCGACAAGUCAAAAAGCCGUUACCUUACACGCCUCACAAGUUCCCCGGUCUUCACAGGGAUCUAGAAACCUUUGCCAGGACAGGUAGAAUACCUGCCGGGUCGGACCAUUUUAUCCAUAUACUGAGAGCAUUGGCAAGGACAGCGCUUGGGAGAAAAUAUAAGGUGAACUACGACAUAAGCUCUUCGCAGCUUUUCAUUUCGAGUGAAUUCGAGCGGACUGUCAAGUUAAUCAUUGAAUCGGCCAAUGACAAUUUUAUGCGCCCUGUACAGUGGAUUCUCCAUACAGGAUCUCCCGAAGCUGCAAUUGUUGUGACACCAGAGGAAGCCGAGCACCUAAUUCAAAUCAUACAAGAGACAGAGAGGGGGGGACAGAUUAGCCCAACCCGUCUUUUGACAUAUGCGGCACCUGUCACCCGACGAAUGAUGCACUUCAACAAGCUGAGCUUUUAUUCUAUGCCACCUAUUUCUGGAGACUGGCAGCCUUCCGAAUGGCUCGCUACCGAGCUUGGUUUCUUUGCAGGGAGGCUCUAUUUCGACUGGUCAGAGUACCAUAGCAUCUGCAACAUGCUUGGAAUUGACUUGUCUACGCCUGGAAUGGAUGAGUUUGAUAGUUCGGAGAUGGAUACUGACCAACAGACGGCCUCCGGCGAAGUAUCGAGCGAUCCAGAUGGAUCGCAAAGAGUCGCUUCUAAUCCUAGGCCAAAUUCCAUACCAACAGGCCAGAAGCUCAAGGGUCUUACAUCCAAGCCGUACACAUUCACGCAGGAGUAUCUAGCGGUUCGUCGACGCGGUCAGGACUUUACUCACACGCCAAUGGGCUUCUUAUGCAAUGGAAAGCCGCUGAGCGAGGACAGCCCGUUCUUCCGCCGUGCAGAUGCCGUGCGACGUCGCAAAGGUCUUGUUCCUGUUGGGAUAACCCAGGCUGACAAUACCGAGGAAGGAGGUGAAGAGGCGAUGGAUCUGGGAAACUAUGAUCCCUCGGCGGAGAUCCAAGACGAUGAGGACCAAAUCACUAUUGAGUAUGAUGAAUCUGACAUGCAUCGGAUGGAAGAGGAGGACACAGAUAAAUCAAGUACCGAAGCUCCAUCUCCGAGCUCGAUUCGUGGAAAGCGGUCGGCCAGGCGUAAAGGGAGGUAAAGGGGACUUGUUUCGAUAAUUUGUGGGUACUUGUCAGAGGAAUUUGUACAUGAAUGAUGAAUGAUGAAUGAUGUAUAUGAGGCGUAGAAGCCUUCAGAGCUGAAAGUUUUAGGGUCUGCGAAUGGUAACUCUUAUCUCACAUGCGAGGGAAUGAAUGGUAUUUUCCUCGUACCUCUGUUCUCUGUUCUUUCCGUAGUAGUUAGGAAGGUGAUUAAAUAAGAAAGGGGUGACUUCAUACUGUAUUGGGUUUAGGCUAAAACCAAGACCUAACGGCGCUAUGAUCGCGAAGUUCUAGUGGA